AUGCCGGUUUCAAAGAUGUAUCUUCCUGGCUUCUUCAAAUCGGGACCAAAUCAACACAAUGAAAUUUUACGUAACGGUACGAUCAACAACGGCAAAAGCAGCGGAAUCUUCAUGAGGAGAAGAAACGAUAUGAACUGUGCGGUUGCGCAACGACGGAGAAACGGAGGAGAAGCAAAGAGAGAGAAAGUUGUGUAA